UGGUGCCUCAUAACAAUAUGUAUUGGAAAUUGUAUUUACUUGUCCGGGAAAUUUUACUCAUUGUAUCAUGCCCUUACUUUUCUUCUGGGACAGAUAUUUAUUUAGGAGUACUCGUUCAAGAGCACCAUGAAUUAUACUUGCAACUUAUGAAUAAGCCAUUGAAACCAAGACAUCAUAAUUUAUCGCACUAUGGAAUCUGUAUGAAACGUAAUGGACCAUUAGUGAAAGUUGAUACUAUGACCUCAGAGAGGAAACAUCGCCUGUCAAAAUUAUAUGCAAGAGCCAUGAAUUCUAGAGUUAACCUUCCACUUUCUGUAGCUAUCAAAAAUCAACUUCUGUUAAGUGAUCAUUUACUCCAUGUUGGUGAUAGAGUCUUGGAUCCUGAGGCUGGCAUAGAUUUAGUUUUUCUCAGGAAGGUACUUGUAAGAAAUCUUGAAAGCUUUGAAAGAUUUGUGAAUGUUAUUCCUUUUGAUGCUGAUUUAAGUGUGUCGACUGUCAGGUCUGUGACCAUUUGUGGUACAAAAUAUUGUGUUGGCAUGGUGAUUGUUGUCAAUAUUGCUGAAUUAUACCCCACAUUUGCAAAGAUUGUUCAUAUAAUGUCUGACAAUGGUUCACAUUUUGGCUUUGUUUUGAAUGUUAAACAUUCUGUCAUGUAUCAUGAUCAUUUUGGUGCUUUUGAGGUAGAAGACACUGGAGUCUUUAUGUAUUUGUCCCAUCAGGACUUUAUUAGUUAUCUACCUUUAUGGGAGAGAUUAAGUGUUGAUGGUAAAAAAUUUAUUUCUUUAAGAGUAUCUCUGUAAACCCUUGUAUUCUGCAAGAUUUAUGUGAGUAAUAGUUUGUUGUUUACCUGUUACAUUAUCGUUGUGACUUUGAUCAUAGAGGACAGUGAAACAAAUAAAACGCCAUUUGUACUUGAA